AUGCCUGAGAAGGACAUGUGUUCGAAAUUUGACGAACACGAUACUCUGGGGGAACUCCUGCUUCAUGGACCAGAUUCUACUCAACAGGCCACAAGUGAAAACCUGCCACACAUUGUGCUCGAAAACUGGCCUACACAGACUCCAACUUGGCGCAACCACUGUCAUGUGGUUUACAUUGUCGAUUUCGGGGUUCAUUCUGAAUGUGCGCGAGCAGAUUCCUCCUUCACCAGCCGAGCGAAUAGAACCCGCAAUCACAUAGAAAGUGGCCUAUUCGUACAGACACAUGCGAAAAGGAUGUGCGGUCAUCUUUACAUGCCCCAAAAACACCCGAUUUACGAGUAUUAUGUGCUUCAGAGUCAGAGACUGGACAACAUUAGGCAGCAUGAGUAUUUCGCGUCCGAUGCCGCCAUCGGAUUCAUAUUCAAGAAGGAUUAUGAAAACUCCUUCUACCAGAUACUUCGGGAGAUACAGUUACCGUACAAGAGAAACCCUGAAGACUCGGCUCUUUAUCGACACCAUGACAUCAACGUCCAACAAUUUCCUCCUGAGAACUCGACGGACUAGGUGACGGCUGUGCUUAUAGUGAUGGGAACAAGGAAACUGUUGAUGGAAGAUGUGCCAAAUGACUGGUACAUAGAUGACACAGGAGUGUUCCAGGAACACGGUCGACAUAAAACUGCUGUUCAAGAUACUAUUGUUUGCAAUGAGACAACUUUGGUUGGGAUCUUGUCGUGGUACUGAGAAACGAAGAGCCUAUAUCUCGGAGCGAUGGAUAUGAUAUAACGUCAAUGCAGUUAUAGAAAAGAUGUCAUCAGGGGAAUCUGAAAC